CCCAGCUGCGAGAGCGGAAAGCGGCGCUGGAAACAUCCCGGGCGGACGCUCACUCGUCCCAGGUAAAUUCCCGGGUUGAAUCUAACGCUCCCAGCACCUCAACUCCGAGUGUUUCUCUGCCCAGGCCCAGCGCACCAACAACGCGGCCCGCCCAGAUCAAAAUGAAUUCGAGUAUUUCAGCACUGUAUGUUGGUGAUCUGCACCAUGAAGUGACAGAAAACAUGCUGAUGGAGAAAUUCAGCUCUGUGGGCCACGUUCACUCCAUCCGGAUCUGCAGGAACUGGAACACCGGCGUUUCACUCAGUUACGCCUACGUCAACUUUUACCAGCAAGCCGAUGCUGAGCGAGCGUUGGCAACACUUAAUUGUGAGCUCCUUAUGGGGAACCCUAUGAGAGUCAUGUGGUCUCAGAGGGAUUCCACCAUGAGGAAAAGUGGCAUCGGGAACUUGUUCAUCAAGAACUUGGACCUGGAGAAGAUUGACAGCAUGGCCCUUUUUGACCUGUUUUCAGUCUUUGGGAAGAUCCUGUCAUGCAGGGUUGUCCGUUACAAGACGGGACAAAAGGAUAUGGAUACCUCCAUCCAACACUUUAAGUCUCGUAAGGAGCGCGAGACUGAGAGGAACCACCACACCCAGGUCUUCAUUAACAAGCAGAAGACCUUACUGAGACCAGAACACCAGGAUAACCCUGUCCAUCAUAACGUGCAGAGGAUGAAGAAUGUGCAGGUGAAGACUGUACCCUAA